AUGCACGCGCAUGAAGGAAGGUACGGCGUCUUGAAGCGGUAUAUUGACAAGGAGACACGUGUGAUGUACCCGGCGAAAGUUAUACGGAACCGCCUGCAUGGUGAGUGGUUCUUGGAAAACAUCAAUCAUGAGAUUGCUGUGCUGAUGCUGUUCACCUCCUCAAAGCGGAUCGUGCGCCUGCACGCAGUGUACCGGUGUCUCGCCAGUACGUCACUCAUAUUUGAGUACGCUGCUGGUGGUGACUUGCAAAAGCUGCUCGAAAAGCAGGCCACGUGGCGGUUUCCAGAAGAGAAGGUUAAAGUGUGCAUGCGCGAGAUACUUCGCGGCGUCCGUGAACUUCACAUGUUAUGCAUUGCUCAUCUUGACCUCAAGCCACAGAACAUUCUGCUGAUGGGCGACGACAUUGAAGAUGGCAUAAAACUGUGCGAUUUUGGUCUCACCCGAAUGGUGGGCAAUGGCGUUCACGAUGUGUGUGACCUCGCCGGAACACCAGAUUACGCAGCACCGGAAGUGCUGCGGUACACGCCGCUGUCAAUCAGUACGGAUAUCUGGUCGCUAGGCGUGAUAGCGUAUGUUAUCUUGAGCGGUCACUCACCAUUCGGUGCCGAUACUCGAGAAGAAACGUAUGACAAUGUACUGAGGCACCGUUUAAGUUUCCCUGACAGUCUGUUUGGGAACAUAUCUAGAGAUGCGAUCAACUUUAUCCAGAGUACCAUCGUUAUGGAUCCACGUGGCGGCAGCCCGACAACGAAUAUCGUACCCCAUGCGCAGUUUCCCGAUGCUCCCACUAAACCCAAAGUGAGCCGUAAGGGACUAUCGUCCGAGCAGCAGAACAACAGUGGCCAUCACCGCGGCGCGUGGCAGUGA